UUAACCAAUGAGAGCAUUGAUAUGAAUGUCAAGCAUUGACUGCAAAAGCAUUGCAUUUGUUUUGCAGGGAUUGUCAACACAUGUGAUACAAAAAUGUCCAAAAAGUUAUUGGAUUUAAUCGAUGAAAGUGAUGAAGACAUCAAUCAUUUGAACACUCAAUCAGAUUAUGCAAAGAACUAUGAUAUUUGGCGAAGAAGAGAGGAGAUCCAGCGAUUAAAAAACAAAUACGGAAUUAAUUUAGACAUUCAGUCGGAUUGUGAACCAUCAGAUGAUGACAAUGGAUCAGAUGUACAAUCACUUGAUGACAGUGACGAAAGUGAUGAAAUUGGCGAAUCAGAUGAGGCGGUCGGUGUCUUUGACAAAGACUUCUUGAAAAUAUAUUCAGCGCUCAAAAGUAAAAAUCCUAUCAUUUAUGAUAAAAAUGCAAAAUUUUUUGCAGAAACUAAUGAGUUGUUGAAGACAUCCGAUGACAAUGAAGGAGAAGAAGAAGUCAAAGAAAAGUCAAUGACAUUAAAGGAUUAUCACUUAAAAUUAAUUAAAGAAAAGAAAGGCAUUACAGAUGAAGACUUAGAAAAUACUGUCUCACUUACAGAUCAACCAAUAGGUUAUUAUGAAGAGUUGAAUGAAAUUAAAAAUGAAUUUAAAGACAUUAUUAACGCCGUCGAUGACUCUGAAGAACAACUUCUUAAAGGAAAACAAAAUGUUACUAAAAAUAUAGUAAAAGAUAAUACUUUAGAUUUUUUAAAUGAAGAAAUUUCUAAUGAAAAUGAUUCAGAUCUUCAAUAUCUAAAGAAAUAUUGGAAAAAUGAUAAUCAUUUGGAAGAACCCGAAAAGUUUUUAAGAGAUUAUAUAAUAAACAAGAGUUAUGUCGAUAAUGUUAAUAAUAAUGCAAAAAUGUUGACAUCUAAAGCACAGAUCAGUUUUGGUGAUAAUGGAGAAGAUGUUGAAAUAAGUAAUGGAUUGAUUACAAUGGAUGACAUAAAUAAAGAAAAAGCUUCUGUCAGUGAUAUAACUAUUAGUAAAUAUCAUUUUGAAGAACCAGACGCUGUUGUCAUCAAACGUUAUCCGAGAAAUAUUGAAACGAUUCGCGACACCACUAAGGAUGAGAAGAGAGCCAUUAAAAGGACUGAAACUAAAGAAAGAAAGAAAAAAGAGAAGGAAAGAGAAUUGAAAAGAUUAAGGAAAUUAAAGAGAGAAUCUCUUAGAGAAAGAUUUUCAAAGGUUCAACAAAUCAGUGGAAACCAUACAAUCGAUUUCAAUGAUUUGGAUUUAAAUCAAUUAUUGGACGACGAAAAUGAUUUUAAUCCAGAAAAAUAUGAUCAAAAAAUGAUGGCUUUGUUUGGCGAUAAUUAUUAUGAUGACAAUCAGUCCACGGGUGAGAGUAAACCAAAAUUUGAGUACAUGUCUGAAAUUGAUGACAACAACAAUGUUGAUAACGAAGACUACGAUGACUACGACUCUUAUGAAGAUAAUAAUAAUAAUGUGAAUCAUAAUGAAGAGGAAUUAAUGUUUAAAAGUAAUCCAAAAAUUAAGAAAAAAUUGGAGAAAAAGCAAAAAAAGAUAAAUAAAAAUUUAGACGAAAUUGGUAUUUAUGACGAUUUAAUUGGUGGUGAUUUGCCGACACAUUUCAGAUAUAGAAAAGUUAAGUCCAAUGAUUUUGGUCUGACUGAUGAAGAAAUCUUAUUUUCUGACGACAAAGAACUUAAUAAAUGGUGUUCAUUGAAGAAGAUGUCGCAGUUUAGAGAAGACAACGAAGAGGUUUAUGACAUGAAGUCAUUCUCAAAGAAAGCAUCGAAUAUUAAACUUAAACAAAAAGUGUUGAAAAGCUUUUACGAAAGGAAUAAUAAAAUUGAAAAUCCAUUUACUGAAGAAAAUCUUAAAACUAAUGAAGACUUUAGUAGUCGUCAAACAAACGACAAUCACAGCCAAGACUUUUCCGGUAUAAAAAAGAAAAGAAAGAGAAAGAAGAAAUCUAAUACUUUUAUUGUUACCGAAGUAAACAAUCAACAAAAUACUGAUCAAAGUCUUGUCUCUAUCUCUCAACAUAAUAAUAAUAAUAAUAAUAAUAACAUAACUAAUAAAACCGAAAACGCAAACGAAAAGAAUCCAAUGAAACUGAAACCAAAUAUUUAG